AUGGCUUCUACCAUUUCAGAAGAUCUCCCUGGUGUUUUAGGGUUCGUAGAGGACUGUAAAGGCUUUUUCCCUGGCUCAAAAUGUCUGGUGAAACGUUCACCAGUCGGUGGGUUAGGUGUAUUUGCGCAAUGUGAUUUAAAUGAAGGUGAGACCCUUUUGCAGUUGCCCAAGAGUGCUGUUUUUUCUGCAUCGAACAGUUCCAUUUCCAAUUUGCUAGUGGAUAGCGAAUUGGAUGGUAUGCUAGCGCUUACCAUUGCCUUUGUGUAUGAGACGACCGUAUUCCAAGAGAGGAGCCACUGGUGGCCGUACUUGAAGAGUGUCAAAAUUGAAGAAGCUGGAUCAUUGUAUCUGCCGCCCAACUAUUGGCCGGACCGUGAUAUGCUGAAGGGGUUUACACUCGAUACGCUUUACCAGGGAUUGGACCCUGAACCUGAUAUACAACAAGGGUUCCAAAUUGCUUUGGAAUUGGCCCAUAGAUGGAAUAAAGAAGUCGGUAUUCCAAUUCCAUGGAAGUAUCUCGAUAAUUUAGAGAAAUUCGUUGCAUGUGCAUAUGCCAUCUCUUCGAGGGUCUUUGAAAUUGAUAAUUAUCACGAGAGCGGAUUGGUACCCAUAGCGGAUCUGUUCAAUCACCACGUAUCGACCCCGGACGUUAGAUUCGUUUCCCUCUAUGAUGUUUGCAGCGAGUGUGGUGAGCCUGGGAUGUGCAGGCAUUUGGUGGCAGAGGCACUUGAAGAGGAACAAGAGCAGGAGCAAGAACGUGAAAAGAAACCGCCUUCAAAAAGCGGUGAUGGGCUGAUAGACAUGCAGUUGAUCAAGGAGCUGGAAUCGCAAGAAGAGGAAGAAGUUACCAAUCCUAAGGAGAAGGGGCUAGUAGAGGGUGUUCAGCCUGAUGAUUGCGUCGACAUCGUCCUUACGCAAAGUGUUCCUAAAGGUCAAGAGAUAUUCAAUUCUUACGGAGACUAUUCUAACGCCUUACUAUUAGCCAGAUACGGGUUCUGUGUUGAAAAUAACCCCUGGGACGUUGCAUAUUUAGGCAGGGACCUCUUAAAAUUAUUAAAAGACAAGCGUCUGGCCUUAAGGGCUAGAUGGUGGAAACAUUUGGGUUAUCCGCUGUACAACAAGUGGUGUGCGCUAAACAAAGAGCAGGAUGAGCAGGAAGAAGAAGACAAGGAAGAAGAAGAAGAAGACCACGAUGAAGAGGAGGAAGACGACGAGAAUGACGAGGAGGACGACGAGCCGUACUGGCUAACCGUAAUGUGUAUAGACUGCAAUGGUGAACCUUCGUCCCCCAUGAGAGCUCUGCUCAAUCUAUUAGCAUUCAACGACAGAGACUGGAACAAAUUACGCUCCAUAGAGCAAGAUGUCGAGUCUACGGGAGACAAGAUUGGUUUGCUAGACAAGCCACUCAGCAAGGGAGCACGUAAAAUUCUACUGAAUCUGGUGCAUAAGAGAAAAAGACCAGUACCACAGAUCAAUAACGCAGCUGCCCGUAUCAUGCUCGAAUCUGAGCGUAAAAUUCUGGAAAAAGCUGAGCAUUAUCUGAAUUCAAACUUGUGA